CUUGGCUCGCAGUCCACUUGCCAGCUCCUCUCUCUCCAACCCGAACUCGGGCCGCGGCGAACAGCUCCGGCUGGCGCAAUCGGCUAGACAUGUUCUUCACCCGCGCUGGCCGCGAUAGCCCGUCCAGCUGUGACAACGGCUGCAGAUCGGCUUCCAUAGCGGUGCGCGUCCUCGUGGCUGUGGUGGCCGUGAUGGCUCUACGAGCAGACUGCGCCAUGGGUCCCGAGGAGAGUUGCCAGCUGCGGCCCGUCAUACACGUGCUCAAGCAGCCAGGCUGCCAGCCCAAGCCCAUACCGUCAUUCGCCUGCCAGGGGUCAUGUUCUUCAUACGUCCAGGUGUCCGGCUCCCGUUACUGGCAGGUGGAGCGGUCGUGCAUGUGCUGCCAGGAGAUGGGCGAGCGCGAGGCUACGAAGGCUGUGUUCUGCCCGAAAGGCCCGGGCCCCAAAUUCCGCAAGUUGGUCACCCGGGCCCCAGUAGAGUGCAUGUGCCGGCCUUGCACUGCACCAGACGAAGCCUCAGUUCUGCCGCAAGAGUUCGUCGGACUCUGACCCUUCCGUAGCUGACUUAACAGAUGAAAAAAAAGACAAA